GUCUAAGAUGCGGUUCAUUUAAAAUCCAUUCUCCCUUAGACGCGCAGGCGCAGCACACGAGAUGGCGGCAGCGACCAACACGAUCACGUGGUGGCAGUGGCUAGUCCAUGUGAAUGAUGUGAAGCAGCUGUGGACAGCUCAGCCCACGUAUUUGAUUUCCCAGGCGGUGUUCGUGUUCGCUGGGCUAAUAACUCUCCUGCACGCUGUCAAGAAAGGGGGCAGAUGGCCGUACUUCUGGCUGGGCACGGUUUUACACGGCCUAUACACGGACAACUUCUGGCGCGCAAUAUCGCCUGAAAGUGAUAACUUAUGGCACUCACAAACUCCUGUCAUGUUCUUUGGAUCAAGACACCCACUCCACAGCAUAUUUGUAUACCCCGCAUUCCUGUAUAAUGCUGCUUACGCUGUAUCGAAAUUGAGAUUGCCUCGGUACGCGGAGUCGUUCGCCGUGGGCCUGGUGACCGUGCUCAUCAACCUGCCGUACGACCUCGUGGCGGUGAAGUUCGUCCACCGGACCUGGCACGACACCGACCCCAGCAUCUUCGACCGCCACUACUGGGUGCCCUGGACCUCGUACUUCUUCUACGCUACAUUCACGGCCAGCUUCUUCUUCCUCUUCGGUGCUACCAGGAGGUGGCUGGCACCGAAGGCCGCGCAGUGGGAGUCCGCGGGCAAAAAGGCGGAAUGGAAGGCUCUGUUGCUGUCAGUGCUUCUGGGCAUGCCAGGAGGCCUGCUGCCCUACGUGGCCCUCCUCCAGCCUCUGCGCUACGUCUACAACAUUCACGCGGAGGUCGCAGUCUUCGUGCUCCUCUCGGUCUUCGCUGUCUUUGUCAUCAACGGCCUUUUGAGCGAGAGAGAAAAGGUCAAAGAGAGAUUGACCACUAUUGACUACGUAUUGAACCUUCAACUGGCAGUUCACUUCGUCAUCUACUGGGUUUUCGUUGUGUUCUUCAACCCUGAGAGGGAGUGGUCUCUGGGACUUCACGAGCCGGUGGGACCUUGCAAUGAAGUUGCAGUGGUCAAAACACCUUUUGGACAGAUGGUCAAGCGCAAGUUUUUCUGCGCCGAGAGUUUCGACGAGGGCUAUUUCGACUUCAGCUGCGUGGGAGGGCAGAAGCCUCAGUUCGGUGCCUCGUGGUACGUCGUGUGCGGGAAACCUUUCGAAAACCGUCCCGAGUACAUAACCCUCCUGAGCUCAAUCCUCGUGGUCGCCGCCGGAGUCUUCUUCGCCAUGUACGCGCAGACCUCGCCCGCCGCGCCUCAGAAGAAGUUGAAAACGAAGUAAAAUCAUCAUUAAAUUAGUUUUACAUCGUUUUCAAUUUCCGAAAGAAGAAUACAAGAAGAAUUUGUAGAGUGUAUCUUUUGUUGUUAAUUUAUUUUAUUUUUACUUACAUGCUCGAAAUUUUGUU